AUGAAAGGAAUACAAUAUCUUGGAGAAGCACUAUCACUAAUGAAUGCUGCGCAAGUUUAUCUCGCAUCAAGGUUUCUAAUAACAGACUUCAUUGCAAUAUUCUUCAUAGAAAGCUUUGUGUCUUCUUUGAUAAUCUUUGUGCUAUGUUCUCCAUUUGUUGUAAAGAAAACAACUUUCAAAGAAGUCUCGAACAAUCAAUUAGAGUAUUUCUUCUCGGGGCUUAUUGCAUUCCUGACGUGCUAUGUAUGGUACAAAUGUGCAGGUAUGAUAUCUAUAGGCUUUGGAUUGGCUGCAAAGGGAUUGUGUUAUCCAUUAUCUGUGAUGUUGAUAUUUGCCAUAUCAUCCUCCAUUACAGGAAGUAUAAUGAGCAACCUAAGUAUGGUGGUUGUAAUCUUCAUCAAUAUUUUUCACUCUGUGGACACAAGCUUGGAUGGGUUUUUUGAUAUCUACUCGGGCAUUUUCUAUCUGGCACUGUAUGUGAUAUUUGCUGUUUCAUCGGACUUCAUAGCAAGAUGUAUGAUAAAUAGAAACGGAAUACCGAAGUUUCUGGUUGCAAACUCGUUCUACAUCAUACUGUACUCAUCCCUUCUUCUUCUUGAUCCAGAUAUAGACAAUAGCUCUGGAGUGCAGAUCUUUAUGAAGAAGAAUCCGUACACAUGCAUUGCACUUACUUUACUGUCCACUGUUUCGAAGAUCCUGGGUCCUUAUUACAUAUAUAAACAAGGAACGGUUGCAUAUAGUAACACAAGAGUAUCUACAUAUGCAUACUUCAACAUCAUAAAGUGCUUGGCUGGAAAGGACAGACUCUGGGGACUUGGCGAAGCAAUUUUCCAUUUAAUGAUAUAUACGAUGGUGAUGUUUAUUGAAUGA